AUGAUACACGAGGUCCUCACAUCCAUGAUCUUGGAAGCAUUCCUCUCCAAAUACCCUGACAGAAAAACAGAGAUAGAGGCACUGCAGGUCAACUGGAAGUCCCAAGAGCCUUCAAAUGAAGAGUGGAACACCAAAAAGGAGCUUUCUAACAUCAUCAAUGCAGCCUUUCAAGUCUACCUUAAGGAAGAGGCAUUGCAGUCCCAGUCCUUUAAUUACUGGAGCACAUAUGUUUCUGACUUGUUCCCAAUAUUGAGGGAUCUGACCAACUCUCUGCGCUCUGGAGACUGGAUUCUCUACCUCAGUGCAAUAGAGAGGGCAACUUCACUGUUCUUCUUUUUUGGGAGAACAAACUAUUGUCGAUGGACACCAUUAUUCCUGCAAGACUGCUAUCAACUGAAGGAGAAGUUCCCACUCCUCUAUGACUCAUACAUACAUGGUGGAUUUGUUGUGAACACCACCAAGAAAGGUAGUGGAGUGCCAUUUGACCAGGCACUAGAGCAGUGUUACAACCGGCCUGCCAAAGUGAGUGGAGGGAUAAUUGGGGUCACCAGGAAGAAGGAAGCAGUAGCUCUUUGGGGAAUCAUCAAGCAUAAAAAGGACCAGUAUGUUGAUCUCCUUGAGAUGAGGGAUGAUGUUGGAGGAGAACUCUCGCUUCAUCAUGACUUCAACCCGAGCACUACAACUAAAGUAGUUAAGAUGGUGCAAGACAUAGAGGAAUAUCUCCUCAAUGUAUGCAGUUCUUUAAGAGACCAGGGCAUGCUUAAGAAUGUUCUCACUGGAGAAAUUGUGACCAAGCUAACAGAGAGUGCAAUACAAAUGGCUGAAAGAUUCUUGGUCAAAUGUCUCAAACCAUCAACAGACAUGGAGACAUUUGACGACCUGCGCAUUGCUGCGUUCGAUAGGACAAAGCAAAAAAAAGAUCAAACCAGAGGCUCUACACUUGGCGCUGUGGCGGAGACUCCCAUGCCUGUCCUCUCCAGAAAAUCCUUCAAGAAGCUUCCUGAGUGGGAUUUUGAGGAUAUUUAUAACCAGGAUGCUCCACCCAGGCAGACAACAUGUGCCAAGUCUCUGCGAAACUCUCAGGAUGAAAGCUUCAAGAAGGCUUUCCUCCCCAACAUACGUUUGUUAAUGCACAAAAUCAACAUGAGCGAGUGGAACCGGCUUUCACAUUUUAACAAUCCUUUCGGUUUUAUGGAGUUCAACCAUGAUGAGGUGAUGGCUGGAGCGAAGUUGAUCCCCAAGCCAAAUGAGCCACUACUCCUUCCAAAGCCAGGCAGUGACCGGUGUAUGAGCUGUGCUGUGGUGGGCAUGGGAGGAAUCCUCAAUGGCUCUAAAAUGGGGAAAGAAAUUGAUGCUCACGAUUAUGUUUUUCGGAUGAACGGUGCAAUCACCAAAGGUUUUGAGGAGGACGUAGGAAACAGGACCUCGGUGUACGUUCACACCGCCCACUCUAUCACUGCGUCUAAGUAUCUUCUACGGAAGUACGGAUACAAAUCCAUCCCUGAUGAUGAGGGUAUAAAGUACGUAAUGAUUCCUGAGGGGAUGAGGGACUUCAAUUGGAUGGAGGGUCUUUUCAAAAACCAAACGGUCACUGCUGGGCAAUAUAAAAACAAGAGGCCGUGGACAUACUAUGCCGAACAGUACAAUGAGACCCGCUUCUAUGUUCUGCACCAGGAUUUCCUCAGAUACGUUCGAAACAGGUUUUUAAAGUCUCCUCACCUGAAUGAUCCACACUGGGCGAUAGUCAGACCAACCAAUGGGGCAUUCACUCUCUUCCUGGCUCUGCACACCUGUGACACUGUGAGUGCAUAUGGAUUCAUCACUGAGGACUUCAGGAAAUACUCUACCUACUAUGUUGAGAAGCAUAUUAAAACCAAAGUAAUUUUGUACUCCAACCACGACUAUAUCCUGGAGAAGAAUGUGUGGAAAAAACUACACGACAGCAAAAUACUUAAGCUGUAUCAAAGGCUGGAGUCAGAAACGGGGACAAAAUCGCCAAGCAAAAUGCCAUGA